GUGGUUGCCUGCCAGUCAGUUGUUUCGUAGCUUUUCCGUAGGUUAGAUGGAGCGACCACCGGUCCACCGGGUCGUUUGUUGAGGUUGGCUCGGUUUUGGUCCACUUUUCUUCAAAACCGCAAAGAAAAACCCCGCGAGCUCGCUCCAUCACACGCUUUCCUUCUUCCCUUUCGUGUGCCCUCACACAGCUUAUCGGUCAAUCGGCUUUUCGUGGAAGUGUGGCCGGAAAAUUAAGCCUGCUGCUGCUGCUACUACCGCAGUGUGUUGGCGCGUGUGUGAGUGUGUGCUGUGGCGCUUAAGUGUUUUUCUCCCGUUUUCGGUUUAUUCUAAUUACUACGACUCACCACGAGCAAUAGUCAUCGAGAACGUUCUGUGUAGAAUGCUGUAGUUCCAGCACUGUGUUUUAAGGUGAAAGUAAGAGAAAAAGCCUAGAAUGGAAGCUACACUGUGUGUGCCUAAAUAAAUCAUGUUACGAAAUGGUGUUUGAGGUUGUGAAAAACUGGCCGAGAAAAAAGCUGAGCGUAGUGUGAGCAUUUGGUUAGUAUUGCACAGUUCCCGUUUUGUGUGGCUGUGACAUAAUGCGGCACCGAUCGGUUUCCCAGGGGUUUCACGCACUCACGGACCCACUUCAGUAUGUUCGUCUACAGUAGCCCAAUACGGCAGCGUGCGCCCGAGCAGGACGGAACGAACAGCUCCAAGAGGUCGACGGCAAAGCGGUUUAUCCUUGGGUCAUAAAUUGGAAGUACCAAUCCCUUGUCGUCGUCGUCGAUAAAGAGCAACACAAGGCUCACACACACACACAUGCGAGAAGGACAUGGUUGCGGUUGUCCUGUUGACAAUAAGAGCAGAAGAGAGAUAAGAAUGCCGAGCAGCGUGAAAAUCGAAAAAUAAUUGUGUUUUAAAGGAAACGUGCUUUUCCUCACAUGGCCCGCGAUUAAUUGCCUCGUGAUACGGCGAUCGUUUCAUCGUAAGCGCUUUCGAAGGGCGCACACAGACGAAGAGCUUAUGACGAAUUCUAACCAUUCUAACUAAUCGGAUCGGAGGGAACAAACAUAUUAAUUAGAAAAAAACGGUUGCAACAUCAGCUGGCUGGAAAUGGAUCGAGUUACCGGAGGUGGAUAAUUUUAAUUGGAAAACACGCACCAUCCCACUGGUGCCGAUAGCCGUGGGCAAAUAGUUACCAUACAGUUGAAGAGUUUAUCAUACGCGUUUGUGCUGUUGUGCUGCUGUGCUGUGUUGAAGUCACGAUGGAUGGAUCGGCACUUUCCACCUUUUCGCGUGGCUCACGUUUCAGUCCGAAGCGAACCGCAAGUCAAACGAUGGCCGCAACGACGCUCGCCACAACGAACGAACAACCCGGCAAUGGUGCGCCCGACCGUACCCGGGAAACGCUGCCGAACGGGGCGAUGGGCAGGGAGCGAAGGGAGCCGGUACCGGACGGAAGUCCACGGGAUUCACCGGCCGCGGCGAAUCGGAUCCGGACGUUUAUGGGCAAAACGCCGAGCGCCAUCAAGUCCAAGUUUCUGUCCGUGCUGGGCAACAGUACCGAAAUCAUUAACGGAAUCUCCAACAAGAUCGAUGCCGCCCUGAGCCUCACCUCGUCCUCCGACACCGAAACGACGGCCAACCGGAACCAGAUGAAGGUGGACGAUAUGCUGAGACGAAAGUACGAGUCGUCCAACAUGAAACAUCCAGAUGACGCGCGUGGUGAACAUCAAAUUGACUACGAGCUGCGUCGGGCGAAAGAGCGUAGAGCCCACGAAGAAGUCCUCUCUGGACGCUAUCGGAAUCCUGCCUUUUCGCAUUUACUACCCCCACCACCACCACCUCCUCCUCCUCCUCCUCCUCCUCCUCCGGCUUCAAGCACGUCCCCACAACCGGUGCCAACAGCGACGCCCGCGGUCAAGCCGACAACCACCAGCAAAGAAAGCGAGGAGCGUGUAACGGAACGAGCCCCCUCGCAUAGUCUCAGUGCCGACUUUAGCCACAGCAACUACAGCCAGAACUCGUACUCGCUCGAUUCGAAGUCUCCGCAACCGUCCGGUGGGCCGGAAGUGGGAGAACCGGCACUGAAGAUGCAGGCCAUCAACACCGUUCCCACACCGGAUGGGUUUCCUUGGGGCAAAGACUUCCACUACGGGCGUGAGCCACGGUUAGCUCCGGAUCUCGGGCCACGUUCAGGUAUUCCAAGCAGUGCCUCCACCAGUGACAACGAAUCGUGUGCCUUCAGUGGUACGCUCGAGUCGUCCGAGCUGAAGAUGUGGAUACGGUCGGAGUCGGAGAACUCGGUACCGUCGUGGGCGUCGUCCAUCAGCCUGGACAGCCAGUCGGAGGAAGCGGUGCUGGACUUUAUGAAGCGGUUCGUGCGCAUUCUCUUCCACGACAGCUCUAGCAUCACGCUGCAGCUAAAGUCGGACUUUGGACAGUACGCAAGGACGGAAACGGGAAGGCUGUGGUUUUCACGGCUGGUGAACGCACAGCGCGCAAAAACGAAGCGCGUGGACGAGUCAACGUUCUACUCGCUCAUCCAAUACUUUGCGAUCGUCCUGUUUGAGUGUGCCGAAAGCGAGGACUACUCGCCGGCCAAGACGCUUAUGAACAUGUGCUUUACCUUUUACCAUGAUAUCGACGUACCGGGCUGUGAUCCGUACCGGGAGUACCUGUACACCUACCUGCGCGAUCAACCGAUCUGGCAAACGUUGCGCUUCUGGAACGCGGCCUUCUUCGAUGCACUGCAGACGGAACGGAAGCAUCGACCGGUGCCUCCCACGGUUAAACAUUCGCCGAGUGCACCAACUUCGCAGGUGAAACAUGUGGUCAAGGGAAGCACCAUUCUUGCAGCCGGAGUCGACCCGUUUCUCGGGUGUACCGAUGAAGGUGCGGCGAGUGCGACCACGCUUACUGUUCCAGAGAUGGAGCGGUCCUCUUCUACCAGUGCUUGUGAUCGUACCGAUCCAGCCGAACUUCAGGAGGACAAACACUACCAUCAGAAUCUUAGCUUUGGACAGUUAGGGAGCUUCACGUGUAAUAUGCACGCAUUCGGACUCUCGCGGGAGCUGUGCAAUGAGUUCCUUGUGAAGCAGAGUGUGAUCGCCAACCUUUCACCAGAGCAACAGAAACUUCUGCAAGAGAACGUCGAUCGUAUGUACCGCGAAACGGAUCCCUGGAGAGAGAACUAAGAGAUGAGAGCAGCAACAACAACAACAAUAAUGAUAGCGGUGAUGGUGGUUGAGUAACUGGAUAGUAUUUUGUGAUAAACUUUUGUGAUGUCCAAUAGAGGAUGAGCUAAGACCGUGCUCAGCGUCCAGCGGUAGGAGCGAAGAGUCUAGUUUAGAUGCAACUAGUUCCUCCCUGGGGUUUUUCGAAAGCUCCAAGCUCUAGCUCUGCACCCUUUCGGUUUAUUAUUUAACAAAUGAGAUGGAGCUACGACAACAAAGAGGUGGAGCUUUGUGUCUUGUUGGAAAAGUGUUUGGAAAAGAAGCAACAUGCCUAGGUCAAGCGAGCAAUAGAAGCAAUCCGGGUGAGUGAUAUGCAAAAGAUUUGACAAUAAAGCAUACUACAGACGAGAAAAGGGAUGGAAGAGGGGACGGGGAGAAGAUGCUACGAAUGGGCAUGAGGGCAAUAGUAGACAUACACUGUAAAUCAUUCCCAAUACCACAAGUGAACCACAAGACGUGAUCAGCAGAUCGAGAGAUCGUUAAACUAAGCGAUAUGUGAAGAAAUGCUUUAAGUAGGGUUAAAGAUGUGAAUUUGAUGAGAUGCAGCACACCCUACACCAGUUGUUAUGUCGUAUAAGCAAUAAGGUACACACGUACACAUAGGUUCGUUGGGCCCGAACAGCGAGAGAGGAUAAGAUAAUCGUGAUAAAACGUUAACUAGUUCAUAAACAAAAAUAUUUCCCAAAGUAUUCCGCGCGACAUGGAGAAGGAUUAACGCAAGAGAGACACACGUUGUGUACGCGAAGGUGGUGUAACAGUAGCGCAAACCGUAUCUAUUUCCAGUACUAUAUAGAUUUUCUCGCCUAUCACAAACUAAACCAACUAAGACCGAAAUAAACCCUCAAACCAAUUCCACAAAACCGAAACGAAAACGGCGAUGUAAGUCGAUUUCUUAUGGUACUAAUGGAAGCUUUAUAAGUUCUUCUUUGUGCUAAACUAUUCUUAUCGACGUUUAAAAGUACAACGGAUUUAUAAUCUUAAAACCUCGAACGAAAACGAACAAGAAGCGCUCACGUGGUAGCUUCGGUGUUUUGAAUGAAACUUUUCAUCGCUUGUAUGCGUGAAAUAUUUCACGUUCAAACUGCGCUUGCUUUCAAACGGUCGCUGCUCGUUUCUCGUGCGUUCGCGCUACUUAUUGUGUACAUAAAUUAACCGCUUAUUAGUGUAUUUCCAUACUUUACUUUACUUUCUUUUAUUAUUUUCUCACUUGACUAAAACGUUUAAGUAAACUCUUUCAUAGCACAUGGUGUGGCGUGGCGGCGUGAGCCACUCGUGGCUGGGUGAAGGACGAUGAUUUUUCGCUGAUUGUAUCUAUGCUGCAUUUGUGACACCUCCUAUUCAAUUUCACGUUGUACGUUUAUCCCUCCCCUGGGCUAAGUUUGAUCCACCGCUAUGUACCACGAAUCGGCAUAACAAAGAAGGUAAGGAAAAGAAAACAACGAUUCGACAUU